GCCACACGCCAUGAAGUCGAGAGUACCCCUGAUGCUUUUCUUGCUUCUGAUCUCUUACGCGUCCUCGGCAGUCAUCACAGGGGCAUGUGAGAGAGAUCCUCAGUGCGGGGGCGGCAUGUGCUGUGCGGUCAGUCUGUGGAUCCGGACCCUGCGGAUGUGCUCGCCCAUGGGCCGAGAGGGAGACGACUGCCACCCCAUGAGUCACAAGGUUCCCUUCUUUGGGAGAAGGCUGCAUCACACCUGUCCCUGCCUGCCUAAUCUUGCCUGCAUUGCCACUCAAGAUGAGACCUUUAAAUGCUUAAAUCCAUUUAAGUUCCAACAGUACGAACUGUGAAAAGGCUAUCUUAUUUUGUAUAAAAUGUGUAUUAUUUUAUUUAUUUUAAUUAUUGCAAUUAUUGUAUUCAUCCUCAGAAACAACUGUUUACGUUUGAAAUGAAUUAGCAACAAACUUAUGUAUGGUGCAGCUGCAAUAACAGAAACAGCUCAAUGUCGUGCAUAAAACAUGUGAAAAGGAUUUAUUUAAUUGCCAUCUGUUGGUUUUACUUCCAUUUGAACCCUUUAUUUGUGCUAUACCAACAAUGACUCUCAAUGAUUCAUUGUACCUGAUUUCUGAUUUCUGGCAUAACGUCAGGCCCACACUGCCGUUUAAAUUAGUCAUGAGCCUCCUCAUUUGAAAAGAGUAACUUGUUUACCGACAGUCCCGAUGAGUGUUACAGCUUGCUCACACAACAACUUACCGGUUACAUCAUGAGCUAGUUGUAAUG